GGUCAAGAAGAAGAACAAGAGGAGGAAGAAGAAGAAGAAGAAGAAGAAGAUCUGGAAGUAAAGGAUGCCGAGUUCGAUUGGGAUAAUUGUAUGCCAGACCAAAUGUUUGUAUUCGCAGCAGACGACCUUCCUUAUAUCCUUGAUACUGUUAUCUCCAACUUGACAUUACCAGUCCGUAAUGUUCAAGAGAUAUUUUUACCAGCCAAUGUUGUAUUCCUUAGUGCCAGAUUUGCCCAUUAUUAUUCAAGUUUAGAACUAGCAGAGCAGUUGUUGGAAGGUGCCCUGGAUCGUAUUAGUAAAAUCAUCAAGAGUAAUACAGAUAAUGUGCAUAUAUUAUCUUAUUGGAUGACAAAUAUUACUCGAUUAUUAUUCUAUUUAAAAAAGGAUACAGGCCUUGUCGUCACCACAGCCAAUUAUCAAUUAAAAAUAUCAGAGCUGAUAUCAGAGACCUACAAUUAUAUGGUUCAUGAUACAGAAAAAAGAUUACACGAAGUACUAGAAUUAGCCAUGUUAGAAUACGAUCCUAUAAAGACAGAAGAGGUCAAUUUCACAGAUGAUUACUGGCAAAGACUAUUCAAAAGAAGAUCAACAACAGUUGAAAUGCAACGUAAUAGCAGUAGUUAUAGCAAUGCUACAGAAACCAAUAGCAAAGUUAUCAUUUCACCACAGUCUAUUACCAGCUUAUUAUCAUGUACUUUAUAUGUACUACAGUCAUAUGAAAUCCAUUCGGCCAUAAUCAUCCAGGCACUAGCACAAUUCUUUCACUUCAUUUCAUGCGAGUUAUUCAACCAAAUGCUCACACAAAAGAAAUACUUGUGUAGAUCAAAAGCAAUACAGGUCAGAAUGAACCUAUCUGUAUUAGAGGAAUGGAUUAGAAAUAACAAU